AUUUCCACCUUUUGUCUAUUCCAUUUGCACAACAGCAUGUGAAAUUUAUUGACAAUCAGUGUUGCUUCCUAAGUGGACAGUUUGAUUUCACAGAAGUGUGAUUGACUUGGAGUUACAUUGUGUUGUUUAAGUGUUCCCUUUAUUUUUUUGAGCAGUGUAUAAAGAAAGGCAAAGCAGAGACAAUUUAGUAAAUAGUGGAGGAAUAAGAGGAGUUGGGGAAGGAGACGGGAAGUGAAAACAUUCCAGCCAGAGAGGGAAGCAGAAGAUAAAUCAGGAGAGAAGGUGUGGCCAAUCCAGGCCCACUAAUCCCAAGUGAUCUAGUUCAGCCCCAUUCUCCGCCUCUCGCUAUCAGAUUAGAAGUGUGGGCCAGAAUAAAAAUAAAGGCACCGUAAAGGCAUCUCUCUGUCUCUCUUUAGACGACUCCUCAAACAAGAACAAACACUUGACAAACAUAAAACAUACACCCCUGGCACAAACACGCUUUUGGGUUUCCUCUCUGGAUUAUUUGGGGUGAGGAAUUGUAACAUGGACAGAUCUCCGACCAUACACAUAGCUGUGCUGAAGUCAGGCUGGCUCUGGAGACAGACAUCCAUCUUAAAGCGGUGGAAGCUGAAUUGGUGUGACCUGUGGAUCGAUGGGAGCCUGGUCUUCUACAAGACGGACAGCAGGCGAGAAUUUGAGCACCGAGUGGGUCUCAAGACCAGCUGUGUGAGCGUCAAGUCUGGCCUGGAGAGUGCAGGUCUCUCUCCCCCAGAGAACCACCCAAGUGAGAACAUGGUGGUGGUGCAGCUUAGAGAUGGCUCCACUGUGAUCCUGUGUGCCAACAGUGAGGACGAGGCACUAGCAUGGAAGUUGACAAUUAUAGAGGCGAGACGAAACCCAUUCCCGUAUGACCCAUACGACGACUCGUACCAGUCCGUCCCAAUGGACGGCAACAACACCAUCUACCUCACCCCUGGAUCAGGUACGCACCACAUACUGAUCCAGAGAGACCCAUACGACGGCAUAGGACAGCAGGUGGCACUGGGGCUACUGGCGGGCAUGGCGGCGGGUGCUGCCAUGCGCUCCUUCCUCUGGAUGCCCUUGUUCUUCUGUUGAUAGAGAAGGUCUCUGAUCUGGACCAGGCUGCUUGCUUGGCGCCCUCCCCCAGUGCGCUAGCUCCAUGAGCAGGGAGGCACGGUUGGGAAAUGCCCAGGCUGCUGUAGGCCUCAUUCCUACAAGUCUUAUUAUUGUAUUUCACACACUAUUUUUUUCCUGUUGCAGAAUAAUAGUGCACGAAUGUGUGUGUGUGUUUUAAGUUUUAAUGUCCCAUGCACACGUACAGUGAAAUGCAUUUUUGGAAGCUCUAACCACAACAAUGCAGUAAUCAAUAACAAUGUAAUACUAAAAAUAACAACGUAUAACAAAAACACACAAGAUAUAAAAAUAAGAAGAACCCGAUAAAGUAAGUAAGCAUACAAUAUCAGGGUCAUUGUGUUUGUGUGAGCGUGCUUGCAUGUGUGAGUGUGUGUUGGCAAAUUGUUUUACAGAACAGGUUGAUGGUAACAUAAAUAUGUCCUUUAUAACAUAUGCUGUGUGAACUCAACCUAUUUAGUAGAAAUGCAUAUGAAACGUAUACGGUAUGCAACAUACAGGAUGUAUGAAAAACAACAUCCAGAUGCGCAUAUUCAGCUGCCUGAGGUUAAUGAACCCCCCCCCCCCCCCCCCCCACACACACACACACAGAGAACCAUUGACUGCAAUUAUUUUUAAAUAAAAAAAUUGAGGUCCAAAAAUGUAUCACUUUAAUUAACCUUAGAUCCUGUAUUAAAGCUCAUGUACAGAAUGUAAUUCACUAUGAGUACAAUGCUGCUGUUGUUGUCAUAUUUAAUAUAAGUUUUCAAAGCCAUGGAUAUGAGAAUUAAUAUUCAAUGACAGUAGAAACCUGUCUGGAGAUGGUGUUCCAUGACAGACCACAGUCCUUCAUAUCCGUCUCCACUGUUCACCUACAUGUCUCUUUGGGGCACCCACACUUUCUUUCUAUAAUAUAAGAGAUAGACAAAUAUGUAUUCAAUAUGUAUAAUGUAUUACACAUCAGUAGUAGCCUACACACUAGUCACUCACAAUCUACGUUGAUGUCAUUUUUCUCCAAAAUAAUAUUCACAUGAUGGUGAAUUUCAGAGAAGCACACCAUUAGAGAGACAGAGCUCAUGAAACUAACCCAUCUCCUACCAACUCACAGUUAGUCUACAUUCAGGGGUGAAAUUGAUGGGGAAUGACUGGGAACUGAGUUAGUCUACAUUCAGGGGUGAAAUUGAUGGGGAAUGACUGGGAACUGAGUUCCCAAAUGAAACUAAUUUUAACAUCUAAACAUUUCUUUAAAAAUGAAUUCACACUGACACAGAGGGAUUAAAAAUCAUUUAAAAAACCUGCUUGUUCAUGUGGUUUUUAGCAUCGAUUCAUAAACCAAGAAUCUGAGUCUGACCCUUCCACAUCGAUGCCUUCCCAGUUCUCACCAUAAAAAAAGAAACCUUCCUACAAAAUCAAGGGUUGUUUUCCGUUGUUUGAAAUGACAUUCUCCUUAGUAACACUGUUAUUCAAACUGGUUAAUCAUAAUGGGAAGGCUGUUGUAAAGUAGGGCUACAGUAAGCGAAAUUAUGCACUAUAGAAAUUAUAAUAAAUGACAAUCUCUAAAUGAUAAGAUUACAUAUUUAGUCAUUUUUUUCAAUGAAGCUCUCAAAUCAUGACUAAAGAAAACCCUUGAUUUUGCACCUUAAAUAAUCGUUGAUAUUCCCUUUUGACGAUCAAUUGGCAUCCAAUUAUGGUUUCAAAGAUUUCAUGGUAGGAUAUACUGACAUGUUUCUCUACAUGGAUUACAAUAUUAUUAAGGUUUAAAUGAAUGAAAACAACCCCUGAAUUUAAGAGGCUAUAUGGAACUUUUGCCUCUGGCGUGCUCUUGAGCCAAAAGGGGUCCCAAAUCGACAGAAAUGUUCCAGAAAAAAAUGUAUAGGCCUUAAUGACACUCAGAGGGAACCAUUAGCCUAUAGCCUUGCUGUAAUGUUAUGCCAUAUGAAGAAAAAAAUCACAUUUUGCUUUCUUUUACCACUUUCCCAGAUUGUGUGAUGCGGUGUUGGUUGUUUUGAAGAUCUUGUAUUUUCUUAAGAAAUUGUCACUAAACUGCCAUAUUUUCAUACACAAGCCGCGGCAUAGGCCUGCCUAGCUGAGAUACCCCUAACUUUGUUCUCUUACACCGACAUGGAGGCGGAGUUGUUUUUGAUGGCGAUUUGAUAGCUACAACAUUGUGUCACCAUCACUCAAUACUUGUAAAAAUUGUGAAAACGCUUUACCUUUACCUAUGCUAGUACUGUACAACCGCGGUGCUUCCGCGUGUUGGUGAAAUUCAUACAUUUAA